AUGCCGUCGUCGGUGCCGCCGCCGCUGCUGACCGGCGCCGCCAAGCCGUCGCGCUCCGCGUCGAGCGUCGUCGCCAGGAAGGCACAGGGGUUCCAGGUGUUCCGCAUCGACGGCUACUCGGUGACCACGGCGCUCCCCGGCGGCGAGCGCAUCUCCUCGGAGCCGUUCUGCGUCGGCGGCCGGUGCUGGCGCGUCGACUACUACCCCAACGGCACCGACGCCUCCAAGGACGACUCGGACGACCGCGUGCGCGCGGCGUACAAGUUCAGCCUGCUCGACCUCGCCGGCACCCCGGCGUACGAGCUCCCCAAGGAGACGGCCAUCUUCACCGACGCCGCCCACGUCUACGGCGCCGCCCGCGAGGAGGCCGCCGCCGGGCGCGGCUACGCCUGCUUCAUCACCAAGGAGGAGCUGGCGAAGCGGCGCGAGAGCCUGCUCGGGAACGACUCGCUCGCCAUCCGCUGCGACGUCGGCGUCGCGGAGGUGGAGGCCCUGGUCGUCGCGCCCCAGCUGAUGCGCGGCGGCGCCGUGGGGAGGGGGAUGAGGCGCGGCGGAUACUACGGCUACGGCGGCCGCAGCGGCUACGAGUCGCCGGACGAAAUGUACGGCGAGCACGACGGCAGCCGCAGCCAGCCGCCGCCGCCGGAUGACAAGGAGUACAUCCGCCGGUGCCUCACUGCCCAACGGCCAAGGCAGCACUAG